AGGCUGCUUUUGGUCACCGGCUCCUGAGCUCUCCAAGCUCGGGCUGCGGAGCUGGAGCAGGAGGGAGGAGGGGAAGGGGAGGGGGUGCCUCGAGAGGCGGUGGCUCGCGCGCCUGCGCACCCAGCUCCAGGGACCUUAGGUUUUCUAUGGGAUUCCCAAUCUGCAGCAUAGACUUACCCGAGCUUGUUGCGGCGGCGGCUGGGCUUGCGAGGCGCGAUCCAAGAGGGAUUUAAGCAGCCUAGAGCUCCAGAGAAAAAAAAAAAGAGCGCGAGAGAACCACACACAGAGACGGCUUAACCGUUUAUCUGAAUUAUACAUAUAUAUAAAGAACUGUUGAGUUUUAUCAUUUUCAUUAAGUGACCGUGCGCAGCGCUAUAACUGCAGAAUGGGGAAACAGAACAGCAAACUAGCCCCCGAAGUAAUGGAGGACCUGGUGAAGAGCACAGAGUUUAACGAGCACGAGCUCAAGCAGUGGUACAAAGGUUUCCUCAAGGACUGUCCAAGCGGGAGGCUGAACCUCGAGGAAUUUCAGCAGCUCUAUGUGAAGUUCUUCCCUUACGGGGACGCCUCCAAGUUCGCCCAGCACGCCUUCCGAACCUUUGACAAGAACGGGGACGGCACCAUCGACUUCCGAGAGUUCAUCUGUGCCCUGUCCAUCACCUCGAGGGGCAGCUUCGAGCAGAAGCUGAACUGGGCCUUUAACAUGUACGACUUGGACGGCGACGGCAAGAUCACGAGGGUGGAGAUGCUGGAGAUCAUAGAGGCUAUCUAUAAGAUGGUAGGCACCGUGAUCAUGAUGAAAAUGAAUGAGGACGGCCUUACGCCUGAGCAGCGGGUAGACAAGAUUUUCAGCAAGAUGGAUAAGAACAAAGAUGACCAGAUUACACUGGAUGAAUUCAAAGAAGCUGCAAAGAGCGACCCUUCCAUUGUAUUACUUCUGCAGUGCGACAUUCAGAAAUGAGCUGAGGUCAACGCUAUGGACUGCACAAAAGUCUCAAUGUUCCAUUCAGUCUGCAGCUAUUCUUUCACACACACACACACACACACACACACGCACACACGUACACACAUGCACACACACACGCACACAAAUAUUGCUUGGACUACCUAUCAAUGGACUUGCUUCUUGUGUUUGAAACACUUGUGUGCAUGAGAAUGUCAUUUGCUAAUGAAUUUUAAAAGCAUAUAUUAUAAAACAACCUUCCACAAUGUGAUAUGUGUAACAUCAUUUCAUAAAAUCCCUUCUCCCCUCAAGCCUGGGCAGAAAUGUGCUGCAAAGAGUUCUAUGGUUUCUUGUUCAUGUUUUGCUAAUGCUCGUGUCUCCUUGAUUACAUGUUAGUAGCACUGAGCCCCCCACGGUAAUGUAACUUAAUAUAAACUGUGUCACCAUUCUCCUGUAAAAUAGUACUGGACAGGCCCCGGAGGGGCCUUGGCUCCUCUGGGUGGUCCACACCCAAGAGCUUGUAUUAUCAGUGAAGAUAAAUGUGCUACAUUUGCAUGCCUUUUAGGUUUGCCUUAAUUUUUACCUCAUUUACAUUCUAUCAAUCUGGAAAGAGCUAUGUUGGAAUUAAUGCAGUAUAAAACUUAAAAAUCCUGCUAAAUGACUCAUUAAUUAAGUAUAUCUAUCUCUAUAUACAUAUACACAAAGAUAUUAUUUAUUGAAAGUAAAAAAAGAAAAAGCUGGAAGUGUAUUGAUUUUUGCUUGAAUUUUCAAAGGCUUCCAAAGAGGUGGUAAUAGAUGUCCCAAAUAAAUUUAUAACAUUUGACUUUUUCCUUCAAUUCUUAUUUCAUAAUUUAAAAUCUGAAAUGGAUGUUCAUAAUUAUCAAGGGUCAGCUAGCCACAACUUACCUACCCUGAAACACACAUCUUUGGAAUUCAAUUAAUGACAAUGAAAGGGGGAAAAAAAACACAACUUUCCAACUCUUUAUCCUGGCCCUCAAAAGAGGGGCAAUUAACAUGGUAUAUAAAGUUUAAAUAAAACAUAAAACUUGUUCGUUCUCCAAAAAUGCUCAUUGUAUAAAAUUAAGUUUCCUCUCAAUGUGA